AUGAAGGUGCAGCGUGUUUCCCUCUGGCUACUGGGCACAGUGCUCAUCUUGUGCUCAGUGCACACCCGUGGUCUCAGGAGAUGUCUGAUUUCCAUGGACAUGCACCAUAUAGAACAGAGUUUCCAAGGAAUCAAAAGAGCUGUUCAAGCUAAGGACACCUUCCAAAAUGUCACUAUCCUGUCCAAAUCGGAGACCCUGCAGAGCAUUAAGCCUUUAGACGUGUGCUGUGUGACCAAGAACCUCUUGACAUUCUACAUGGACCGGGUGUUCAAGGAUCAUCAAGAGCCAAACCCCCAAAUCUUGAGAAAAAUCAGCAGCAUUGCCAAUUCUUUCCUCUACAUGCAGAAAACUCUGCAGCAAUGUCAGGAGCAGAGGCGGUGUCACUGCAGGCAGGAAGCCAUCAAUGUAACCACAGUCAUCCACGACAACUAUGAUCAGCUGGAGGUCCGCUCUGCGGCUGUGAAGUCCCUGGGAGAGCUUGACGUCUUUCUAGCCUGGAUUGACAAGAAUCAUCAAGAAACUUCUGCUGCUUGAUAACAAGGAACCUGUCUAAUCAUCCAGGAAUGAACCUCCCUGUG